GGAAGACGUGGCGAUUGCCGAAAUCAGUCAGUGCGGCGCUUCUUCCCUCCGCAAACAGAUAACGAGGACGCAGAGUCCAUAGAGUGAAGAUGAUCUCCCUAACGGACUCGCAGAAGAUCGGAAUGGGACUAACAGGCUUCGGCGUGUUUUUCCUCUUCUUUGGGAUGAUCCUGUUCUUCGAUAAAGCGCUGCUGGCGAUAGGAAAUAUCUUGUUUGUUGCAGGCCUGUCCUUCGUUAUUGGAUUGGAAAGAACCUUCAGAUUCUUUUUCCAGCGGCACAAAAUGAAAGCUACAGGUUUCUUCUUAGGAGGUGUGUUUGUGGUGUUGAUCGGGUGGCCGAUCAUUGGUGUGGUCUUGGAGGUUUAUGGGUUCUUCCUGCUUUUUAGGGGCUUCUUCCCAGUAGCGGUGGGCUUCAUCAGAAGAAUACCAAUUCUUGGAUCACUGCUCAAUCUCCCUGGGAUCAGUGGGUUGGUGGAUAAAGUGGGUGAGAGCAACGCCAUGGUAUAACAGACUUAUACAUUUUUCAUCCUAGGAGUGGUCACCACUUAUUUAAAAUCUUCAGUUGCACUCCUAACUUGAUGCCCUUGUGGUAACACUCCCAGUGAAUGUCAAAUAUGAGAGCUUCUCAUCUUUGAGAGGAGGUGGUGCUUUUGUUCGGCACAAGUAGUUGCCUGCUCUGGAAGCAAUGUUACCAAUGGAGAGCUAUUACUUUUUUGGGAACUGAUCCACAGCCCAAAUUGGGCCCAGUAAAGUGGUGUUGCAUACCUCCAUCAAGGAGGUAACACGGACUUGUUGAACCAACAAAGGGCAUAUUUUGAUUGACUGUUGCUGAUGCCCGUUGACCUGCUUCUGAAAGGACUGCUACUUCACUCUUUGCUUUUCUGACUACACUGUUACAUAGAGAUCUCUGUAGGUUCUGUAUGAAGGUGUUACUGGAUCUUUGUGUUGAGCCUUAAAGUGCCAACUGCUUUUUGAAGUGUGCUGUGUUGAACCUGUGAUGAGAGCAGUAUAUACUUGAAGAGCCACAACCAUCAUGUCACUCCAUUUUCCUCAUUUGGUGAAGAAUUAGUAGCCUUUGUGAAGCCCACAGUUUGUAAAUAAUGUAUUUUAAACAAUGUAUAAGACUGUACAUUUUUACAUGGAGAAAGCCACAGUUUAAUAAACUUUCCAGUGUCUGUAAAUA